AGAACCAAAAGAUCUUAUCCUCGUCAGGACUGAGGAGCACCACUUUCUUUUACCACAUCGAAAUCCCAGUAACAAAUCCAACAGUGGAGUUAUUUUGAUGAUGUUUUAAUCAAAAAGCCCCCCUGCAAUCACAGAAAAAGUGGGGACAGGGUAAUCAGAAGCAUGUGGCAUGAAGGAUUUCUGUACCCCACAGUAGAAAUUCUUCUAUAAUGUGAAAUUAUUCUGCUUUUGUUUAUUUAUUAUUUACUACAUUAUAAAGGGUAGUUUGAGGUUUCCAUCCCAUAACCCAUUACAACGUGUUUCAUGGGCAUAUGUCGUCUUACUGCUUUACUCUCUUUUUUAAGUCUCCACCUAUUUCCAGUCUCUUCCUUGCAAUUUGCAUCCUGCACCACAUCUAACAUCACCCUUCACCACCUCUACCUUUCUCUCAAACUUUCUCUCAAAUAUCUAUUGCUCCUUUUAGAGAUCUAAAGCUUGGAAACUUUUUUGUUGCUCAAGAAGAAAGAAGUUUUAAGGGGUAGUUGUUUGAUCAACAACCUGGCUGAGUUUAGCUUCAACAGGAGAGGUUUAGAAGAAGGAUUAAGUGAAGCUUCUGGAGAGAAGCUGGGUAUACAACUCUGGCCGACAAACUAGUGAGACCUUCUCAAGCCGGAGAAGGCAUUGGCCCUUUCAUUUCCGGUGUUCAUUCACCUUCCGAUUGCACACAGUCAUUGGUUUGGUGCCUUCCUAUUGAUUAUGGCUAACUUUUGAUCAAUCCUUCUCCGAUGUGAUCUUUGCAACUCAAAUUUCACUGUUAAAGCUUAAUUAAGAAUUGGUUAGAGAUGUGAGCAUCAAUAGGUUUAGUUCAGGAGAGGAAGAAGGAAAACAGUGCAUCUAGUCAGGCUUCAUUGAGAAUUGGAAUCAUUCACCUUCGUGAAAUGGCAAAAUUCAAUUGUUUCUCUUUAUUGACAGCAAAGAAGAAGAAAGAUCAGGGAGGCGAUGCAUCUUCAAAAGCUAUUGAAAAAAAGAAAGGGGUUGGAACCCUCCAAAUUAAGCUUGAACAACCGGUGCAGCCUUUUGAGAGUGGUGAACUGAAAUCUACAACCUUUACUGUCCCUGUACCUGUUUUACAGGAGGGUUCUCUUUGCAAUGUCAAGGUAAUCAGCCAUGAGAGUCCUGCUGGAUGUGAAGCAGCAGAGAUAUCAUAUGAAGGGGAAGAUGAGCAUGAAGAGAAUGCCUCGAUUAAGAGAGAAUUCUCUGACUUUGAUCUCCAAGCCCAUGUUGCCAAUUCAGGUGAAGAAUUUGAUUUCAGAACCAAGAGGGUGGCUUCUUCGGAUUCAUUUGAAACUGAAGCAAAGGAAGUGUUUAUGUACCAAGCAGAAAAAGAAGUUGAAAAGGUUGUUGAUAUGAUUCAAAGUGGACAUAUUAGUGAUCCGGGGAUCAGGAGGGCUGGGUUCUGGGCUUCACCAAAGCUUAAACGCUCUUGCUCUAAUUUGGAGACAUGGGAUGCGCUAAGAAAGGUAGCCGAUCAGUUGCCUCCUUCCAUGUCUCAGUCCUUUGAAGAAUUGCAGGAGUUAUCUGCAAGAGUAAGGGAUGAUUUCAAUCCUGGUAGCCCUGCUUCUGUAAUGACUCGUUGCAGUGCUGACAAAGUGAUGUUGAAAAAACAUUCUUCCAGUCAAGUUCUGCCUUCCAGAAGCAGAAGGUUAUGGUGGAAAUUGUUCCUCUGGAGCCACCGGAACUUACAUAACCAUUGGUCAACAAAACCAUGGCCUCUUCCUCUCACUGCUACUUUGAACCAGCAAGGUGGUUACUCUUCAGAUACAAUUGUGCCACAUCAAGCAAUGAAACUGAGCAAGACGCAAUCACCUGGAUCAUUUACUGAAGAGUCCUUGAACAAAGAGUUCACAGGCAAUUGCGAUGACAACCAGAGCUGGAAUGGUUUUCAUACUGGAGUUUCUAGUUUAUGGCCCCAGAACCAAUGGGUUGCUUUCCAUGCACCAUCGUCAUCCUUUACAAGAGUAGAUGAGUGGGUGAGAGAUCUUGAAACCCAAACUGCACAGCCAGCUGAUGAUGUGAAUGGUGAAGACAGCAUAACCUUUCCACCUUCUCCAGACACUGGUAAAUCACCAGCAAUAAGCACAGCCCACUUGACUCGCCGUUCAGAUAUCAACCUAUCUGAGGAGAUUUUACAUGUCAAUAGUGUCAUUCAGACUCUCAAUUCUUCCUCAACUGUUGCUCCCAUUUCAGGAAUAGGUUUGAAAGCUAUUCCAAUGAUCUCAGGUUUCCCAAGCCUUCGGUCUGUCAACUUGUCAAACAACUUUAUAGCCCAUAUUACUCCAGGAUCACUGCCAAAGGGCCUUCACACACUCAACUUGUCAAGAAACAAGAUCAACACAAUUGAAGGACUUAGAGAAUUAACUCGGUUGCGAGUAGUUGACCUCAGUUAUAACCGCAUUGCUCGGAUUGGACAUGGGUUGUCAAACUGCACAUUGAUCAAAGAACUGUACCUUGCUGGGAACAAGAUAAGUGAUGUCGAAGGGCUACACAGGCUCUUGAAGUUAACAGUCUUAGACCUUAGCUUCAACAAGAUAACAACAAAAAAGGCGCUGGGCCAGCUUGUUGCCAACUACAACUCAUUGCAAGCAUUGAAUCUGUUGGGAAAUCCAGUUCAGAGCAACAUUAGUGACGAGCAGCUGCGCAAAGCAGUUUGUAGCUUACUCCCUAAGCUUACAUACCUGAACAAGGAACCCAUCAAACCACAAAGGGCAAGGGAAGUGCUCACUGAUAGUGUUGCCAAAGCUGCCUUAGGGAGUGGCAGCUGGACCUCUCGAAGAAAAGCAGCGAAAAGAGCAAGCCAAGGUGGAUCAGCAUCCUCCAGUGUGCACAGGAGCAGUGUGGUAAUUGGGCAAAAGAACAAGAACAAAUCAAAGAGCCGAAGUCGUCAUCACUGAUCAGUAAAGUCACCUGCACAUGCUUCUUCAUCCCAUUAUAUAUUUUACCAGUCAUUUACCUGGAGAAUUCAAGGGAUUUUUUCUCUAGUUCCUUUAUUCUGCAUUGUGACCCUAAAGACUGCUUGCUAAGCAGAUGUUUCUAUUCUCCCUUGUCAUGUUGGAGUUGUGCUUUUGGUAAUUUGAUUUGAGUUUGUGUGGUGUAAUCAAAUGUUAAUGCAUAAACUUCUGAUUUCUAUCUA